AAAGCACAAACAAACAAAAGGCACCGAAGAUAAACGAACCGAAGUGGACAUUAUUGAGUGGUGCAGUGGUCGCUGGGUCGCUGGUGGUUGCAGUUUGAUGGUCGAUGGCAAGACAACAAAGACAUCAUGAGUGGUAACCCCACAGAGGACCCCCAAGAACUCCGCCAUAACUUGGUUGAGGAAGCAGCAAAGUUUUUGAUUAAUCCCAAAGUUGCCAGUCAUGCAGAAGACAAAAAAUCAGCAUUUCUAAAGAAGAAAGGACUAAAUGAUGAAGAAAUAUUGGCAGCAUUUUCAAAGGCAAAGGCUUAUGCCUCUGUCGGAAAGGGGGAGAAUGUAGCUGCUUCACCAGAACUGUAUGCAGGUGCUGUGGUGCCUGCAUACAACCCUCCCUCUCCCUCUGUAUGGGCAAAAAUCAGGGAGGUUUGUAAUAUUAUUCUCAUCCUGGGAGGAGCUUCAUAUGGGCUUCAUUAUGUAUAUCAGAGAUAUAUUGGGCCAUGGCUGACAGGAAGACGACAGAAGACGGUGGAGGAGAGCAUGGUGGAACUACAACAGUCAGUAGUGUCAGUACUGAAAGAGGUGCAGAAUACUCUAGCUUCCCUUGAACAGACACUCAGUGCACAGACUGUACACAUUCAGGCCCUUAAUAACAGAGAAGGGAGUCAAGCAAGUACAAAACAGAUUGAUCAGUUAAGGAAUGAGGUUUCUUCUCUGAAAGGACUUCUCAUCAAUAAACGGACAUUUCCAUCAACCCCAACCUUGGCACCGUCCAUUCCCUCCUGGCAACGGAGCAAGGCAACAGAGAAGCCUGUGGAGGCAGCUGCUGAGUCUGCUGUCUCUCUGUCCAACCAGGCUCAAAUCGUUGAGGAAGGAGAUUCCUUGUGGUCAGCCUCCCACUCUGAAGAGUCCAGUGGUAGUGAGGCAAAAGGUGUUGGAGAAACUAUACAAACUGCAGAAGUAAGGAAUGGGGAGGGGAAUGAAGAUACCCUGCUACAGAAGGAAUGUGAAGUUUCAUCAGAAUUACCACUAGAGUUUACCAGAUCAUAGGAACAUUAAGUUAUAGGUAUUAAUUUUAAGUUUUAAUUCAUUUAGAUAAGCACCUAUGUGGAGCAGUGGCUAGCAUACCUGGCUAUACUUCUAAGGUGAAGCACCACUCUGUUAGUCUUUCCUUUUGGAAUGGUUAAUAAACGGGUACUGGGGGAACUUAGGGAAAGUAAACCAUGGGAACCCUGAAGUCACAGAGGGCUUGUGUUCUUGGAUAAGGCAUAUCAUCUGCUUCAGGCUCAAAAACCAAUGAGACAGAGAUGAGUGGUGAGGCCAUGUGCAUCUCCAACAUACGGCCCCAACUUAACCUUUCAUUAAGAUGGUGAUUUUAGCUUUUUGGCUGGCUAAUGACACUAUCUGUAGCAAUAAUUAAUUAUUAGGGAGGAAGACAUUUUGUAUCUUCAUGAAAUCUAAUGCUAUAAGAUUAUUUAUUAAAUUUUAUUUCAUUAUUACAUUUAUUAUCUUUUAUUUAUUUAUUUAUUUUUUUACUAUCUAUACGAGUAUUUAAAGGCUAUAGCAUGAGCUUGGGGUAGUAAAUGGUAAAGUGCAUUUUGCCACUCAUAUUAUGUACUAUAAUAAAAAUAUAAAUCAUUAGAA